AUGAGUGCAUUAGCCAAAACCAACAUGGCUGAGGCUAGCCCAUCUCAUCUUCUGUAUGGUGUUAGUUUUUUGGAUCGGGGAGGAGGAAGGGACCGGUUUAGGAGGGAUUACCCUUCGAGGUAUGAAGAUAACAAGGGAAAUGGGGUUAAUGGGCGUGAUAACCGCAACAGCAACAAUCCUCCUUCCAGGCAUCUCUGGGCUGGGAAUCUAUCCCACAAUAUUGUAGAGGAAGAACUUGCUCACCAUUUUUUGCGGUUUGGACCACUCGAGAAUGUUGCAUUUCAGCCUGGCCGCAGCUAUGCUUUUAUUAAUUUCAGGAGGGAUGAAGAUGCUAUUGAUGCCAUGAGAGCACUGCAAGGUUUUCCUCUUGCUGGCAACCCACUUAGAAUCGAGUUUGCAAAGGCGGUCAGUGUUGCCCACCUUUUUCUGCUUGUUACUUUUCCAUCUCAUUAUAUAACUCUACAGCUGAAAUCCAGUUCAGUUCAAUUUAUUUAA